GGAGCUUGUGAACUAAUGAAGCGCUCCUCGGUGCUUGUUGUCGGGGAGUCUCUGCCGGACUCUCCAUCUCCUCGCAGUGUCAGAUGCGUGUUUUUCCAUCCGUGCGGAGCUUCUGUGUCUCUGAACGCACCUGGAGCGGAGCAGCAGCGGGAUGGAGGCGCCUGUCCGCCGUGGAGCGGCCGCCAGACAGCCGUGAUCCCCGGACUCAGCCCCGCAGCAGCCUCGGUCCAGGUCCAGGACUCGUCCUCCUUCAUGGCCACUGCAGCAUUCUGGGGUUCCGCCGCCUGCUGUUCAUACCCGAAGCUGUCCAGGAGCGGCAGCCUGAAGCUGGGAAGACGCUGCUCACCUCCGUCCAUGUCGUCCACCCGGAGGUGUUCGGGAGUCUCCGGCCUCAGUGGUGGAGCUGUGUCCCCGGGGCCCGUGGUGGCGGAGGAGGCGGAGCCUCGCGGCGGCGAAGCCAGCCGGGAGCUAUUCGAGGCCUGUCGGAGCGGAGACCUGGAGCGAGUUCGCAAACUGGUGACACCGAAGAAUGUGAACGGCCGAGACACGGCGGGAAGGAAAUCUACUCCGCUGCACUUCGCUGCAGGUUUUGGUCGUAAAGACGUCGUAGAAUUCCUCCUCCAGAACGGAGCCAACGUUCAGGCCCGAGACGACGGAGGCCUCGUGUCCCUCCACAACGCCUGCUCCUUCGGUCACGCCGAGGUGGUGAGUUUGUUGCUUCAUCACGGGGCAGACGCCAACGCCAGAGACAACUGGAACUACACUCCACUCCACGAGGCGGCGAUCAAGGGCAAGAUCGACGUGUGCAUCGUGUUGCUGCAGCACGGUGCCGAGCCAACCAUCAGGAACACUGACGGUCGGACGGCUCUGGAUCUGGCAGAACCUUCGGCCAAAGCCGUCCUGACAGGUGAAUACAGAAAAGAUGAGCUUCUGGAGAGUGCGAGGAGCGGUAACGAGGAGAAGCUGAUGGCUCUGCUGACGCCGCUCAACGUUAACUGUCACGCCAGUGAUGGACGAAAGUCAACACCGUUACACCUGGCAGCUGGUUACAACCGAGUUAAGACUGUUCAACUGCUGUUGCAACACGGAGCCGAUGUUCACGCCAAGGACAAGGGGGACCUGGUUCCUCUUCAUAACGCCUGUUCAUAUGGACACUAUGAAGUCACUGAGCUGCUGGUCAAGCAUGGAGCCUGUGUAAACGCCAUGGAUCUGUGGCAGUUCACUCCUCUGCAUGAAGCUGCUUCCAAGAACCGUGUGGAGGUGUGUUCUCUGCUGCUGAGCUUCGGCGCUGAUCCCUCCUUCCUGAACUGUCACAAUAAAAGCUCGGUGGACCUGGCUCCGACCCCCCAGCUGAAGGAGCGUCUGGCCUAUGAGUUCAGAGGCCACAGUCUGCUGCAGGCAUCCAGGGAGGCCGACCUGCUUCAAGUCAAGAAGCAUCUGAGCCCAGAAACCCUCAGCUUCAAACAUCCUCUCACUCAGGAGACGGCGCUGCAUUGUGCGUCGGCGUCUCCGUACCCAAAGAGGAAACAAGUUUGUGAACUUCUGCUGAAGAAAGGAGCCGACGUCAACCAGAAAACUAAAGACCUGCUGACCCCCCUCCACCUGGCGUCAGAGAAAGCCCACAACGACGUCAUCGAGGUGCUGGUGAAGCACGAAGCCAAGGUGAACGCCGUCGACCACCUGGGCCAGACGCCGCUGCACCGGGCCGCCCAUGCCGGUCACCUGCAGACCUGCCGCCUGCUGCUGACCGCCGGCUGCGACCCCAUGCUCACGUCGCUGCAGGGAUUAUCACCGUCGCAGCUGGGCAACGAGAGCGUGCAGGAGAUGUUGCAAGCAGAAGGAGUCCUGAUCGGGAACUCUGAAGUCGACCGGCAGCUGCUGGAAGCUUCCAAAUCUGGAGAUCUGGAAACAGUGAAGAAGCUGUGUUCACUGCAGAACGUUAACUGUCGGGAUGUUGAGGGUCGACAGUCGACGCCGCUGCAUUUCGCCGCCGGUUACAACCGCCUGGCCGUGGUCCAGUUCUUGCUGCAGCACGGAGCCGACGUCCACGCCAAAGACAAAGGAGGUCUGGUUCCGCUCCAUAACGCCUGUUCAUACGGUCACCAUGAGGUUGCAGAACUGUUGGUUCUUCAUGGUGCCGUCGUCAACGUGGCCGACCUCUGGAAGUUCACGCCUCUCCACGAAGCUGCCGCAAAAGGAAAAUACGACAUCUGUAAACUCCUGCUGCAGCAUGGCGCUGACCCGACCCGGAAGAACCGGGACGGUAACACUCCUCUGGAUCUGGUGAAGGACGCCGACACGGACAUCCAGGACCUGCUGCGAGGCGACGCCGCCCUGCUGGACGCCGCCAAGAAAGGCUGCCUGGCCAGAGUGAAGAAACUCUGCACACGAGACAACGUCAACUGUAGAGACACACAGGGGAGACACUCAACACCACUGCACCUGGCAGCUGGUUACAAUAACUUGGAGGUGGCCGAGUUUCUGCUGCAGCACGGAGCCGAGGUGAACUCUCAGGACAAAGGAGGCCUGAUUCCUCUGCACAACGCUGCCUCCUACGGGCACGUUGACGUGGCAGCGCUACUCAUCAAAUACGACGCCUGCGUCAACGCCACCGAUAAGUGGGCGUUCACGCCGCUGCACGAAGCCGCCCAGAAGGGCCGGACGCAGCUGUGUGCCCUCCUAUUGGCUCACGGCGCCGACCCGUCGCUGCGGAACCAGGAAGGACAGUCGCCAUUGGACCUGGUCACGGCCGAUGAUGUCCGAGCUCUCCUCUCGGCAGCGAUGCCUCCCUCGGCCCUCCCCGGCUGUUUCAAAGCUCAGGUCAUCAGCGUGGCGACGGCGUCCUCUGUAGCUCCGCCCUUCGUCCCACCUCUCCUCUCCUCCUCCUCUUUGUCGUCUUCAUCCUCCUCCUCAGAUCUGGACACUGCAGCUUCCACCAACAGUGACGUCGCUGCUGCUGCAGCUGCAAACUCCUCAUCUUCAUCACCGGCAGUUUCAUCGUCCUCGAUGUUUCCUGAGACGUCGGCCGCCGAGGCAUCACUGAGCUCUGAGAGGAAAGAGGAAGAUUCUGAGCUGAGCAUCUGUCAGAUCCUGAAGAACCUGGGACUGGAGCAUCUCCUGGAGAUCUUCCACAGGGAGCAGAUCACCCUGGAUGUGUUGGUGGAGAUGGGUCAUCGUGAGCUGAAGGAAAUCGGCAUCAACGCUUACGGUCAUCGACACAAAAUCAUCAAAGGAGUCGAGAGACUCAUCAGCGGCCCUCAGAGUGUGAAUCCCUACCUGACCCUGAACACAGCCAACAGUGGGACGAUUCUGAUCGACCUCUCAGCUGAUGAUAAAGAGUUCCAGUCAGUGGAGGAGGAGAUGCAGAGCACGAUCAGAGAGCACCGAGACGGCGGCCACGCUGGAGGAAUCUUCAACAGAUACAACCUGGUCAAGAUCCAGAAGGUCUGCAACAAGAAGCUAUGGGAGAGGUACAGCCACCGCAGGAAGGAGGUUUCAGAGGAAAACCACAACCACUCUAAUGAACGGAUGCUCUUCCACGGUUCUCCGUUCGUCAACGCCAUCAUCCAUAAAGGCUUUGACGAGCGCCACGCCUACAUCGGAGGGAUGUUCGGCGCCGGGAUUUACUUCGCCGAGAACUCGUCAAAGAGUAACCAGUACGUUUACGGGAUCGGAGGAGGGACGGGUUGCCCUCAGCACAAAGACCGGUCCUGCUACAUCUGCCACAGGCACCUGUUGUUCUGCAGGGUGACUCUGGGUAAAUCCUUCCUGCAGUUCAGCGCCAUGAAGAUGGCUCACUCACCGCCGGGUCACCACUCGGUUACCGGCCGGCCGAGUGUCAACGGACUCGCUUUGGCCGAGUACGUCAUCUACAGAGGAGAGCAGGCCUACCCAGAGUACUUGAUCACCUACCAGAUCAUGAAGCCUGAAGCCUCUGCAGACGGAUGAGGAGGAAGAGGAUGAUGAAAAUACAAAGACUUGCUCCACUAACUGCAUGCAAACAGAAAAAAAAACUUUAUUUAUACAAUGUAUAAGACAUGUAGGUUUCUAUCCGAUGCCUGUUUUUUUGCUAUUUUUUUCUAUGGUUUGUUUUAUGCACUUUAUUAACAUGGGUUGUGUCAUGAUGUGACGUGAUGUGACUGUUGAUUUCGUCCUUUUGUCACUACAACGGUGUCGUCCAGUGAUUUCAGGGUAGAAAUGACGAGUCGGUUACAAAACAUCUGGGCCGGACGUUCAGAAGGUGGCGACUAAAUUUCAAACAAAACACUGAAUCUUAGUCCUUAAACUGACACCACUGCAACGAUUUACUGCAUCGGAACAACAGCAAGUGAUCUUUGAAAUGAAGUGGUGUAAAAAUGGCCAAAAAUUAGCUCUGAUGUUGUCUCAACCACUCGUCCUUUCUGAAGAGCUAAUGGUUGCGCUCUCCUGGCAAACUUUUGUUGUCUGGCAACAUCCUAACGAGGUGAAGUGUUGAUUUGAUUUUAUGAAGAUGUUAUGUGUAUAUUUAUUUUUUGUACAAGCAUGUCGGUUUAUUAACAGUUAUAAAGUGAAAAAUAUGUCGUUGUUGGGGUUUGAGGCAGUCUGAAGGCCUGAUUUAUUUGUUUUAUCUGAGAGGCUCCAGCCAGUUCAAUUCCAAUAUAAGCCUCUGUUGAAUCAGUACAAUCACACAAACACUGUUUUACCUCCACAGAGGUGUUUGUUAUCCAUGUUGCACCCAGCCUGGCUCCAGGUCUCUCAAUCUUUAAAACUUCUUCCUCGUUCCAUUGUGUUUUUAAGUCAUUGUAGGCUGCGUUAAUUGAAAUGUUUGCUUGUUAGCUGCAACAUUCGACAAGCUACUAGCAAACAGUAGUAAGAUUAGCUAGCAGUUAUGCUACAUGAAAUGAAGCUUUACCACACUGAAUACAACAUCGGAAGAUUUAUGUUCAGUUUUAUCUAUUUGCCACCUUCAGACAGUGAAAAACAUGUAGCUAGCUGGCUGCUAACAAGCUGCUAGCUGGUGUUUGCAAAAGAAAGCUACAUGGUGUAAUGAUAGUAUGGAAGUGUGGGUAUAGCAUAUUGAUUUCUAGCUUGAUUUGAUUUCGAAAAUAACGUUGUUAGCACCUCCCUACUGAGCAAUGCGGAUAAACUCUGCUACUGUUAGCAAUACCGCUGUCCAACACUGAUCAGCCGGUUCCAAAUGCAACUACAGCCUUUUUUUUAGGUUUAAAUGUCAUAAAUUAAUAUUGUGAUUGAUAUUUGGUUAAAUGUGGCAUUACAACAACAUAUUUAUCCAAACUGCCCACAUUGUGCUGAAAAAAAUCAGUAUUUGAUUUGUGUUUUAAGUUUUUUGUGUAGUUAGCACCAGUAAAAUGAAUCCAGUGUCCGAUUUUCUGUACCAAAGCCAGAAAAAUGACAACUACUAUUUAAAAACAGCUAUAAUGAUGUUUGACUGAACAGUUUUAUAGUUAAAUAUCAGUCUGGCAUGCCACUAAAAGCAGUGUUCCAGAUAGAAAUGAUAAAACAGUUGUUAAUUUGUUCUAAACAGAAGCCCAAACUCCUCUGCAGCUUUGUUAUUCAUUAGCAUUAGCGCUGUGUUAGCAUUAAAUUCUGUUAGCUAGAAGCUGAACAGAGCAGCAACAAAAACUUAUUGUUUUUAGUGAACUUAGAUGAACCCAACAGAUGUGUGGACACCAGACAUGUUUUUUUUCUCAUAUAUUUCAAUAUAUUUAUCCUUUUUAAAAAAAAAAAAAAAACUUAGUGUUUUGGGGCUGCAGCUAGUAGCCUUCUUAGGCAAAUGCUGGUCUCUUGCUGUUUUGGCAAAAUUAGAAGCUUAAUCACACCAGAUAAUAGUCUGAAACAGCUGCUUUAAGCUUGCUCAAUUUAUUUUAGCAUUUUACAAACAUGAUCCAUUAAAAAUAAGCGAUGAGGCUUUGCAGUCAUUUUUCCACCUGAACUUGUGUGGCCUGCUAGCAGCUAACGACUAGCUAGCUAGCUACAUGUUUUUUGUUAGCUAUUAAUUGAACCGAGCAGCAACAAAGGGCCUCUUAAGUGAGCUUAAAUUAAUUUAACAGAUGUGUGGAAACCAGACAUAUGUUUUUUUUGCUCAUAUAUUUCAAUAUUUUUAUCAGUUGUUUUUUUUAUCUCACUGUUUUGGUGCUAUUCCUUGAGGCUAAUGCUGCUCUCGCCGUCUUGGCAAAAUUAGAAGGUUAAUCACACCAGAUAAAUAGUCUGAAACAACUAAUUGCUCAAUUUAUUUUAGCAUUUUAAAAAUGUGAGCCAUUAUAGUUAAGAAUUUUACGUCAAUUUAAAAACAAGCGAUAAGGCUUUGCAGUAAUUUUUUCCUGUUCACUUGUGCGGCCUGCUGACCCUAGCUAACUGCUAGCUAGCUACAUAUUUUUUGUCUGUAGGCAGCAAAACAAUAACAAUGAUUGUCAAAUGUAUUUUCAAAUUAAACAACUAAGAAGAGUAGCUUCUUCUCUCGUAAAACACUUGUCACUCUGGUGUAGCUUAGCUAGCUAUUUCUCUGGGUAUCAAAGCUUUAUUUAAUGCAGAGUAACCGCUAGCUUCGCUCACUGCACUGUUUGCCCAACACUGCUAAAACGAAACAAGUUAUCUAGGAUAAUAGGUAAGAUAACAUGCUAGCUGCUGGCAGAUUUUCACAGUUUUUUUUUACAGAAUUUGUUUUUACAGUUACGGUGUAAAUCUCUGAAAACUGCAGUGUUUGAGAUUUUGUGUGACCAUCUUUCUUUGUUUUAUAUUCAGAGGUCUGGAACCAGGUUAGCUCACACAUUGGUUUCAGUAUAACUCCCCAUUAAGUAGAGCCUUGGUGAAAUCAUUAGCCGCUGCCUGGGACUUAGAAACACUAUUCAACUAUUAAAUUAAUAGCGAUAGCGCCUCGGCCUGCAGCAUGCUAACUGUUCUUUCCUGGGUUUCUUUUUUGUACAUUCACUGUUCCGAUCAGACUGUAAAACAAAACUGAAUGUCAUGUAUGUAAAUUAGCUCUGAUUGUUCUGCUGUCGUGACUACUUCUGUCGUCUGCAACGUGAAGCUCAUCGGCGCUAACGCUAGCUCAGCAGGUUUCAAACUGGGAGGAAACCAGUGACGGGUUUGAUUCCAAAAUGGAACAGCGAAUAUCCCAACUCUGCAGACUGAUUCAUGGAAUAAAAUGGUGCUAUUUUCAGGAUUUUGUGGCAUUUUGGAAACAAGCACCUCGCGCUGCUUAUUUCACAUUUGAAAAAGGAAACACAUUUAACCAUGAAGUGCAUUACAAUUAUACAACAGUAGGGUGUGUGGAGUGAACAACUUUUCCAGCUUGUAAAAAUACAAAAGAAUUUUAAAAUUAAUUAACCCUUUGAUGCAUAGACCACAUCAGGAGAUACCCAUUUUCCAUUGGAUUUGGGUUACUUUUGACCCAGGUUAUGCAUCAAAGGGUUAACAUGGAAAAAGAAAUAGGUCACAUGAAAGUCUAAGAGCAAUUGGUAGUUCAUAAUGUUGACUAAUUGAUGUCUGUUGCACUUAUUUCAUAUAAAUGCCUCAAAUGAAACUAAUUUUCCCAUCAUUGAUGAUUCUGCACAGCUGAAACUGGUGGUUUAUAUUAAUAUGCAGUGAUGAGACUCAACAGUAUUUUAAGAACUAGCACUUUUAAGAGUCACAUAUUUGAAGUUAAUUAUUGAGCUGCAUUUAUUAUACAGACUUUAGAUUUGGCUGCUGGUGAAGUUCAGCUGUGCACAAUAAAUGGUGGUGAAACUAACUGCACUGUUAAAUUUGAUGGUUUAGAAGUUGAAAGAAGUGAACUUGAUUAGUUCAGAUGUGUGAAAUCACUUCUCUUCAUUGGCUGGUUUUCUGUCGGUGUCGAGUCUUUCGUCGGCACCUGGUUGGACUUUUCUUCUGUACAGCGGCAGAAAGAAUAAAUGACUUAAUGAUU